GUCGCGCUCAAGUUGAUGUGGUAUACACUGCAGUGUUCCGUGUGUGUCGUGUUCUUUACAGCUAUCCACACGUGUGUGCCUCCCACCUACCCAUCACGCCUGUACACACAUCACAGCAUGGACGCAGGCAGCCAUGCAUGUACCCUAGACCGCCAAAAAGCAACAAACCACACACACACACACACACACACAUACUAGUCAAGGCAUCAAGGGACACACAUAUACACACGCAUACACCCGGCCCCCAUUCAUUCAUUCACAGUCGGUCAGGCUGCUAUCUGUGUCUGUCUAUGUUUAUUCCUCGGGCUCAGACAGGUCGUCGCUCACGUUGGUGGCGACCUCGUCUGUGUCAGGUAGGCCCGCCACAUGCUCAGGGAAGUUAUGAGGAGCGGCAGCGGCGGCAAGAGAGUGGAUAUCGAGGAUCAUACGAGACUGCAUAGUCCAUCCACCAAACGCACAGAGACACAGAUGGAAAAAGCGCAUGUAUGUCAAUGUUCUGGCCGACCAGUAGUGCCAACUCGGGCAUGCCGUGGGUCAGUAGUUGCUGCAGCGCGGCCACGCCGCCAGCCUGCGGCAUGAGACGCAUAAAUCACCGCAGAACUUCCUCUCUCUUGAUCUGUUUUUGUUGUAGAGCUGCCGACCUGCUCGACCAGCGCGCAGUAGGGGUUCUCGGGGAGACCCUCGAUGAUCUGCUUGUUCACGCCAACACUGAUAUAUGUAUAUGGCACACACAGGAAGAUUGAGUACUCAAUCGAUGACACGUCCUGCCGCUUCUUUCUCUGACCCCAACACGGCACCGACACUCAUCAGCGCUAUACGGGCAGCCUGUAGGUGGUAGCUUGCCAGCAUGCUGCACAGGGGACCUACACACCCACACUCAACCCCGUACUCGGCCUUCAAAUGACAAUACAAUAUACACUCGAGGAAUUCUGCAUGCCAUGCCGCCUUUCCUCGGCUCUGCUCACCUGGGCCUGCCUCCCGUUCGCCGCUAUCUCGUGGAAGGCGAACGCCAUUUCCGCCCUCGUCUCGUCAUCUGCGUCACCUGCGGCCAGCCUCUGGACCAGCACAGGCACCACGCCGCCCUCGAUGACCGCCUGAAUGCCACCAUAAGCGCCUGCAGUCCAGCCAUCCAUCCUCACACAAAGAAAGAAAGGCGGCAGGCUGCAACCCUUACGUACCUUCAGCUACGAUUGCGUUGACUGUGGUGCUCGCUUCUAUCGCCACCAGCGGAUCAUCCGACAACAGCAGCAAGCACAUGUCGGCCAUGUGCUCGGAAACCAUCGCUAAUGAAACAUGAAUGGAACCUGAAUGCAUGCACACACAUACAGCGGACUACUCGUGAUUCUGAGCCUGCAUGGUCGUACCUUGGAUCAAACAUCGGGCAAUCCUGAUUGCCGACACCCCCACCAUCCGGUUCUCGUGGGUCAUGAGGCUCAAGGUGCGACGGUAGACGCCAGACACCACCUGAACGAUAGCUUCACGUGAGAACUGCGUCAGGAUGCUGAGGGCCAGGAGCGCCGGACACAGGACCGACACCGGCUGGUCAGCGGUGUUGAUGAGCGCCACGAGCACAUGCGCGAUCGGCAAUGCCUGUUGCAGAGGUUGGGGGGUGCGUACAAUGAGCAUCAGCAGGCUGGUGCCAUUCUCCAGAAGCUGGGCCCGGCUGUUGGGAUUGUCGCACAACCAACGCAGUAUAUCCAGCAGCGGCUCGAUGGCGCCAGCGUGCCGAAUGGCUCUGCAGGCUGCUUCAGACGAGUGGGCGAUGUAGAGGAGGAAAGUGAUGACGCGGUCGGUAACCAUACCGGUGGGGCCGUGGGUGAGCAGCCCCACGAGGAUGGGGAUGGCGUUGGCGGCCAGCAUCUCACCUACCACAGCAGCAGGGUCCUUGUCCAGCCGAAUGUGGAGUUCGCACGCAGCAGUGCGGCUUGUCACAAGGUUCCAGCUCUGCAUGCACCCCAGCAGUCUGGCGACAGACAGGCUCAUGAAGGUCCUUUGGUAUGGGGGGAUGGCGAGGCGGCCGCCAACGCAGAUGAGGAAGAGGGAGCCGAAAAUACUGCGGAUGAGGAAGGAUUCGAAGCCCCAGCGGAACCAUGCCCCCUGCAGAAGGAAGGCUGAAGAGAAGCCCCACAGCCCCAUGGCUGGAAAAGAAGCGGUGGAAAAGCGGUGGUCCAUAAAUUUACGAAUGGCUGAAGUCUCUCAUUCUUGUCGACCUGCGUGUUUGUGUGGUAUCGACUCGUUCGCCGCUUCGCAAUGCAGCAGUCUCUUGUGUGCACACAAGAGUCUUGU